AUAAAACCCGAAAUGGGUGAAGAUAAGGUUAGCUCCGACAGUUUCAGUUUGAUAUGGCAAUGGCGACGAAUUGUUUUGGUUUCACCGGCUUUUACCCUUUACAAUCAUCUCAGUUCAGCUCACGUACUCAUCCACAACGUUCCAGCCUUUCAAUCCAAUCUAAGGGCACCGAACACUCGCAGAACUCUGGCGCUGGGGGUCGCCGGAUAUGGAGGAGAAGAAAAUUGACAAAAAAAGAUGAGAUGAUGCAAUAUAAGCACGAAAGAGCUCCAUUUCUGGAAGUGCAGGUGAGGGAUAUAUGGGAGACUGGGAAACUGGUGAUGCAUGACAUAGAGAGGCUGAAGCUGUGGGAGGAGAAUACUUUUAGUUUUGCGAUGGAGUUGGCUGCCGAGGCCAAUGAAUUGGUGAAGAAAGAUAAAGAUGCAUAUGGAGGUAAAAAGAAACCAUUACUUCAUGCCAUAAGCAAUAGAAUGAAUGAGAUGGGGUUUUAUCGCCCAGAGGCUUAUAUUCGACCGGAUCCAUUAAAGCAUCUGAUCAAAAGAGAAAUCCAUGACGACGAUGACUAGAGUAACCAAUCAUUUUAUAAUAUGAUACAAUGUUAGGGGAUUUCUUUCUAAUUUUGUUGUUAUGAAUUUAAAUCAUAUAUUUGUUACUUAGUGUUAAAUCUUAUAUCCAUCCAUUAUAUCUUUAUUA